GCGGAUUGAAUCACAGCCACAGCUCCUGUCUGUGUUUGUCCGGAUUCUCACAUGACCCGAGUGUUUGUUCCCGUGAUCAACAUUUCCAUGAUGAUUUGUGAAGUUAAACGCAGAUGGAUUUACUGCAGCAGACUUUGGACCCCUCGAUGAGGCAACCGAAACAAGAAAAAGACAUGUUACAGACAUCUGAAGACGCUUCACGAGGAGCUGAAACAGCUUCAUUUCCUCACACUUCACCUUUCACUGACCAGAGCGUCCAGUAUCAGUUUCUCCCCGACAGCAGCAGCAGCACACAGGUAACCUAUCAGGUUGUUCAGUUGACUAAUCAGCCGCUGGUGGGAGGGGCAGUGGGCGUGGUCUCGUCUACUUCAUUUUCUGGAACCAAACAGGCUGUGAUACAGAGUCCCUUCAGUAAUAGAGGCAGUCCUGUGGCAGAGACUAUCGGAGGCGAGGCACGCUUCUCUUACGUCCCAACGACUGCUGUAAGUGAUGCAACAGCCGCUGGAGUUUCAGUUCAUCCGGCCGAAACCACACGCUCUCACACAGCAGGUCAGUUCUAUGUGAUGCACACAUCCGAGGUUCUUCAGCCAGGUGGACCAUGUACCAUAUCUCCCCACACUCAUCCAUAUGCAUCGAAGAUGGACGGGCUGCGAACGCCGAGAGACCAGCGUAGGAAGGCGCAACACAACGAGGUGGAGCGACGGAGGAGAGACAAGAUCAACAACUGGAUCGUGAUGCUGUCUACAAUCAUCCCAGAUUGCAGCAUGGACAGCACUAAAACCGGAGCGAGUAAAGGCGGUAUCCUGUCCAAGGCUUGCGAUUACAUCCAGGAGCUGCGGCAGACCAACUGCAGACUCCACGAGAGUCUACAAGAAGUGAAGAGAGUCCAGAUGGACAACGAUAUCCUCCGACAGCAGGUGGAGGAACUGAAAAAUGAGAACGCUUCGCUUCAAGCGGAGCUACAGCAGCUCCGAGCCGAAGCAGAUUUCACAGACGUGCCAUCGCAUUGAGACUGCGGACGGAGAUUCUUACUUCAACAAACGAAGGACGAUUUUUUUAUGUGCCAGAUUUUAACACGGACUAAACGAGGAACCGGAUGGUGCUCCAGAGCGAUACUCUGAAGCAAAAAGCGCUCUAUGCUAAAUGUAGAUGAAAUGAAAGAGCUGUAAAACCUGGACACCUGCCUUAGUUUAUUCUUGCUAUUUAUUAAGCUUUUCUGUGAGAACUUUGCGAUUUCUUUCUGUCAGAUUAACCUUUUUACCACUUUUGAAACUUGUUUUUUUUUUUUUAUAACCGGUCGCUUUUUGUUCCAAUUUUGCUAUUUAAUUUGCUUCUGUUUGCUUUUUUAGUUCAUUCACACACAUUUAAUUUAUUCAGUAGGUAAUGUCAGUAAAAAUAAUUCUGUAUAAUUUGAACCUCACUGCGACCGAGCUAUCGUUCAUUUCUGUGUGCACCUUUCUUGAGCUCAUCUGAAUUCACUGCAACUAAAAAAAAAAGAACAACAAAAUUUACUUUUCUUAAAUUUGACCUCAAAGAUUAAUGGCAGAAACGUGAGGGAAUGUUUUUAUAUUGAUAUUUUAUAUUAAGUGUAACUUUAUAUAUAACAUUCAUGCAAUUAAAUAAUACAAUAAUACAAUACAAACAUUUUUUCCUGUUUCCGGGUCCAACUAAUGAAAUUUUUUUUUUAGAGUCGUGUCUCUGAAAGGGCAAAUUGUACAGCUUUAGAAGUUUCAUUUCACUAAAAAUAUCGAUGAAUAAUACAAUGGACUCUGGAGAAGGAUUAGGAUCCAUAUUAAUGGAGGUUUUAUUGACAGUAUCAACACAUCAGCCAAAAAAAAAAAAAAAAACUAAUUAAAAAAACUGGCAAAGCAGGCGAAUGUCUGUAAAUGUGCAACAAACAAUAAAACCAGAGAAUAAAUCCAAAAAGUAGUCAAAAGAACAAGCACUACUGAAAACGCUGCCUUCGUUUGCCAUCAGAAUUAUCCUGUCGUGUUUACAUGCUUUCUUGUUGGAAACGAUAUGAAAAAUGGACGACACUAGAUUCAUUCAUAGGUAUUUAACUCAGCUCAUGUACAACAUGAAGAGAAAGGUUGCUGAUCUACAUAAAUGAAUAUGGCUAAAACCGCCGGUGCUAACUAGUUAAAUCAUUUUUUUAAAAUCUGUUAUUCAGAAAGUUUCUCAACUCUCCUUUGCUAUGUUAAGAAUGUAAGAAUUUUUUAAUUAAAAUUGCCGUAAUUACGACCUGAGGUGGUCGUUCGUGUGUAACUUCCUAGUCGAAAACUCGUAUUUACUAUAAUUGUGAUAGCAUUUGAUGGUAGGAUUAUAUAGAGGUCAUAAAAAGAGGGAGCGAACAAGAAAUUGUGUUAAAGGUCAUGAUAGAUCUGAGCAGAUUGUGACCUCUGCUGGCAGGGAGGGAAAACGUCCUGAGGUAGUGUUUAUUGUAGAAAUGAACAGCUGCCUUUAGAUUAGCAUUAAAAAUUCAGUGAAAAUUUGCAGUAAUUGGAUUUUUCUGGAUGUUCUUUUGUCAGGACAAGGAAAUAUGUAGAUGUUUAGUUCCAUGGUCAUCACACGCAGGAUACACAUGUAGUAGAUGGAGAUCAUAAACAUGAUAAAUGAGUCUUUAGAAGUAAAUUUUGUGUUAGGCGUAAAGCAAAAACAGCUGCACGUAGCCAUCUGAAAGGGCAUGGAGUCGGUGAUGGAUAACGAUCCAUGUGUAAUGAAACUCACUCUCGCACCUUAAUGGGCUAAACAGGCUGAAUUUGUCGCUAAAAGCUCGCACAUUUCAUGUGUGAAAAUGCAGUUUACAACUGAGGGAUCUGUUACAUUACUCUCCACCGACAAGCCUUCAGGCAAUCUGUUUGCGGUUAGAGUUCCUUUUUUAUUUUGUAAUUUUACUUCUGCAGUAUCAGCCAAAGCAGCUUUACACACAUGCUGAGAUGUUUAAAGAACAAUUCUGGACAAAAAAAAUGGUUUCCUUUUACCCCAGAACAGUAGGGUGGAAGUGAUUCAGACGAUAUUAUUGUUCCAGUUGAUUUGCACACUAGAUUUUCUCAUUUAUUUUUCUUAUUAUGCUAUUUUAUCAAACUGUUUAUGUACAAAUAGUAUUACUGAUUACGAUCUGUCCUUUGAAAUAGUCUGUAUUUUGAAGAUUACACUUGCUGUUUGCAUGAUCGUAAGUUUGAGGCCGCAAUAGACUCAAUAGUAUGGUGCUAAAAAUGAAAAAAAGCUAACGUCAGACACAGAAACGUCAGAUACAGUCUUGGCUGACUGACUACAUUUGGAAGGAUUUUGUGAAUUUUAUUUUUGGCUAAACUUUUCUUGUCACCUCUGACGUCAAAAAGGUAUGAAAUUAAGAAUUCGAAGGUGUUUUCUUUCCCUCUUUUGGCCAAUUUGAACCUCGAUUUUAAUAAUUCUCUUCCUUCAUGCAUCAUUUUUAGUAAAGAAUUUAUCCUGGUUAGGAUCACAAUGGAUCCAGAGUCUAUCCUGUGAAUAAUGGGCAUAAAGUUUUUUGUGUUUAUUUAUUUUUUCCAGACAAAAUAUGUGGAAAAUGUAGAGCAAUUGUAAUUGUAAAAAUUGUAAUGACCUUAGAAUAUUUUAGAGUUUGCGUUUAUUUCAGUGUGAAAUCCUGGAGGGAUUGAUUUUUACAGAAAUCUAGAGAACUCAAAUGAAUCCUUCACAAAUAUGUGGAGAAGAUACACAGAAACACAUAGUUAUCCGAGUUAAGGAUUAAAGACGAAACAUUAAACCUAACGAGUAACUGGUAGUAAUAAUAAUAAUAUUGAAAGAUGUACAAAAAAUAAAGUUAAAUGAUCCAAUAUAAAUCUUAUUUAGGCACGAGUUUAUUCAAUUCUGGACAAAUAUUAGCCUCAAACACUGGUCAGUUGGAUAUGGAACAUAUAAUGUUUUUUUUUUGUUUGUUUUUUUUUAAGUUGACUGUCAAUGUUCUUUUUCUUUUUUCUUAAACACCCCCACCACCCCCACCCCACCCCA